AUGAAGCCUUCAACAAAGGGCUCUUCCAGACGGGCUGGCUGUUCAAGCCGUGACGCCAAUGGCCCCGUCACCAUCUUCACAGUCCCAAAGUCGGAAAUCGCUGAGCAGCGCGGGAAAGCCAUCUCCACUCGUCUAGGCAUGCAAGUGCAGACCUGGGAGAUGAGAAAAACGCAACCCGACGAGAUGGUCCUUCGCCAAGAUAAAUCACUCCGUCUCCGUCUCCGCUGGUACUGUCACCGCUGCCAUGGUGACAUGACCUCUCAGGGUUCCUGUUCCAACUGCGCGCAUGCUCGUUGCAAGAUAUGUAUCCGACUGCAGCCAGACCAAGAUAUCGAUGACAAUAUAGUUGGGAGAAGACCGACCCGACGCCGCUAUCAAAAUAACGACGAAGGCUAUCAUGUCCCUGAUCCCACUCGUAAUGAGGCAGGAAUGCAGCUUCAGCGGCGCAGUAAUGCUGGCGGCCCGGAUUUGGUCCUUAGAAAGCCCCGUUACCGGGUGAGACGGACUUGCCACGUCUGCAAAGCCGAUUUCGCCGAAGUGAGCCAGACGACGUGCAACAAAUGCCAGCAUGUCCGCUGCACCGACUGCCCUCGAGAUCCACCAAAACUCAGCAAAUACCCGUUCGGCUAUCCCGGCGACGUAUUUGGUCCCAACAGUAUACCGUACUACGAAUGCAUCAAAUGUUGGACUCUGUACCCCCCGCAUACAGAGAACGGCACUUCAUGCAGGAAGUGUGGCGAGCAAAAGUCCGACAACUCACCCAGAGUCCAACCGCGAGCCGUAGAUCGAGAUUAUGAUCCGAAUUUCUUGCUUAGACUCGAGGCAAAACUGGACGAGCUCAAAGCACAAAGGGCUGAACCUUUUCUAGAACAAUGA